GGGAUUUUUUUUUAAUUUAACGGGAUUCAACGAGAGUUUAAUUCCCCCGUUCUCCGUUAAAAAGAUACACAGACGCAGAGAGACAGGAUAUGGCGCGUGCCCUAGCGGCCGCCGGUUACUCGACAGAGGAGAUCGAGCAGGCAUUCGCGGGAUACUCCGGCAAUCGUACACGAGACACUCUUCAACAGGGGUGCGAGGAGGUACGAGAGCAGCUUCAGGAGGAGCGUGAGGAUGCACCAGCUGCAGAUAUCCCCGGAGGUAGCGGUUCGUUGGUACGGUUUACGGGCCUGCAGCUGAGGACGACGACGUGGCCGGUUCGACCAUGUGUGCAGGGGUCAGAGGAGGACGAUCCCGAGACGGAGCCGACACGUGAGGAGGACCCACACGAGGAUGACGAGUAUAGGGAGGACGAGGACAGUGAGGAGGAGGAGAGCGACAACGGGGAGGACGACAACUACGACGACGACGACGAACCCUCCCCUCCACCAUGGCGUGGUUCCGGUAGACGACGAGAGGAGGUUCAACCGACGAGACGGCGUGGUUUGAGUAGACGACGCGACGAUGUUGACGACCCGUCCCCUCACGGGCGGCGGGAUACGAGGAGACGAGGACCAUCCGUUGCGACUGAGGCAGGGCGAGGGAGUGUUUCAUCGACACGCAGCGCGGGUGGGGAGAGGCGGAGAGGCAGUGGUAAGGGGAAGCGAGGUCGACGGUUUUGACAGCUUCGUUUCCCUUCCACGUCGCCUUUAUAUUGUUUGUCCAUCAACGUUCUUACCAUUUUGUAC